AUGGCGGCGGCGGCGGUGGCCGGAGCGCGGGAAAGCGGGGAGCCGGGCCAGCCGGGCCAGCCGGGCCAGCCGGGCCAGCCGGGCCGCCGGGCCCUGUACUUCUGCGGGAGCGUCCGCGGCGGGCGCGAGGACCGGGCGCUGUACGGGCGGAUCGUGUCGCGGCUGCGGCGCUUCGGGGCGGUGCUCACGGAGCACGUGGCGGCCGCCGAGCUGGGCGCGCGCGGGGAAGAGGCUGCUGGGGGUGACAGGCUCAUCCAUGAGCGGGACCUGGCCUGGCUGCAGGAGGCAGAUGUGGUGGUGGCAGAAGUGACCCAGCCAUCGUUGGGUGUGGGCUAUGAGCUGGGCCGGGCUGUGGCCCUCAAUAAGCGGAUCCUGUGCCUCUUCCGUCCGCAGUCUGGCCGAGUGCUUUCAGCCAUGAUCCGGGGAGCAGCAGACGGCUCGAGGUUCCAGGUGUUGGACUACGAGGAGGGCCAGGUGGAGGCCAUGCUGGAUCGAUACUUUGAGGGUGACCCUUCCUAGCAGAUGGCUGCCUCCCCUGACCCAACUGCUUGAUUUAACCCCACUUUGUUAAUUCUUCUAAUCCCAGACUCUGCUCUAGUACCCUUCCUACCUCUUAGCCC